AUGGAGGGCCGGCCUUGGGCAUAUGAAAAACAAAUUAUGGUUUUGAAUGAACUUGAAGGGCACACCCCACCCUCAAAGUUGGAUUUCAACCAUACGCCGGUCUGGAUCCAAAUCCAUGACAUGCCGCUGCAUUGCAUGUCAAAAACGGUGGGAGCAAAGAUUGGAGCGACCCUAGGAGACCUUGAAGAAGUUGAUGCAGCUGCAGAUGGUAUAGGCUGGGGGAGAUUCUUGAGGAUCCGUGUCCGUAUUGACAUUACCAAACCACUUGAACAGGGUCGAGAAUUACAUAUUGGAGGCAAAUCGGUGUGGGUAAAGUUCAAAUAUGAAAACCUCCCACUUUUUUGCUUUCAUUGUGGCUGUAUUGUGCAUGGAGAGAUGGGAUGCCCAGUCAAGAAGACAAGACGCUUACACAGUGAGGAAGGCGUGGGGGAUUGGGGGGUGUGCUUGUGA